GAGAGAUGGUCCCUCCAUUUGGUUAAAUGUUUUAUCUCAAAUCAACUCGUGAUCCCUCCUCAACCUCUAGCCCUUAUCAUACGCAUAUGAUGCAGUUUCAUCUCUUAUCCUACGCACCUCCCCCCUCCGCCUUUGCUUUUUUUUUUUUUUUAACACUUGUUAUCGAAUCCAACCUUUCAGACAGCGAUUCUGCGAUAACAACAAACGACAAAACACAAAGAUACCAGUCCCUUGUCUAUCGUGUGAUAAUUGACCACCCAACAAAAGCUUAUCCUACGCCCAUAGCCCAUCAUAGUGUGUGUCCUUCGUAACUUCUUUUGCCAUUAAGAAAACCGGAAUCAGAGGACCAAACCGAAAUAAUCGAAAUCAGCGAAUACGACAGAAUACGCCCUCAACACCGUUGUAACUAUCGUACGCGUUUUGAGUGUGCAAUCUUAUCCCGCGCCACACCAGCACCGGAGAUAAACCACCCGCUGUCUUUAUCCUGCGCACCGUGUACCUUCCCAAGUGAAUGUUCCUCAACACACUGAAGAAGUCAUCUUCACGGCUUUGCCCCUACAAAUACGGAGUGCCCCUUCUUAUCCUACGCGCCCCCAUUUUUUUUUGGCUCUCUUUCAAUGUAACUGAACAGACAAACACAGUGUCGCAAGAGUCCAAGAGAGCAGAGACCGACCAUUUAACAUAUAUUUAUCAAACCCAUCACACCCACCACACGAUUCAACCCAAAGGGGAGAGAGAGAGAGAGAGAGAGAGAGAGAGAGAGAGAGAGAGAGAGAGGCUCUAAUGGAGAGUGUGGUGGGUUGGAGCAGAGAAGAGGAGAAGGCCUUCGAGAACGCCAUUGCAAUGCAUUCGGUAGAGGAGGAGAUAACAGAGGAUCAAUGGAGGAAAAUGGAGUUGAUGGUUCCAAGCAAAUGCCUUGAAGAACUGAAGAACCACUACGAGAUUCUAUUAGAAGAUGUGAAUGCUAUUGAAUCUGGACAUGUUCCCUUACCUUGUUAUUCAGGAGGAGGACAAACAGACAUCGACGAACCUGUGAAUUCCCCAUCAAGUCGAGACGCCCAUUCCUCGGGCUCUCCAGCACCGGAGAAGAGACCAAAUCCCGGGAUGAGUGCUUCGGGUGGGAGAGGCAGCUCGAGGGCUGAGCAAGAGAGGAGGAAAGGGAUACCUUGGACUGAAGAAGAGCACCGGUUGUUUCUUCUGGGUUUGGACAAGUUUGGGAAAGGAGACUGGAGGAGCAUCUCCAGGAACUUUGUCAUCUCAAGAACACCGACUCAGGUGGCGAGUCAUGCCCAGAAAUACUUCAUCAGGCUAAACUCCAUGAACCGAGACAGAAGACGGUCUAGCAUUCACGACAUCACAACCGUGAACAACCAGAACCAAGCAGCGGUCACGGGUCAACAAGUAGCCAAGCACAGGGUGGCUCAGCCACAGCUGCAGCUCCCAGCCACAACCAUGCCCCCGGGAAUAGGGAUGUAUGGCGGUGCACCGAUGGGGCAACCAAUUGUUGCACCACCAGGCCACGUGGGUUCAGCCGUUGGAACACCGGUCAUGCUCCCUCCUCCACACCAUCACCAUCACCAUCACCAUCCAGGAGCUCCUUACGUCGUCCCAGUAUAUCCGGUACCACCACCGCCUCUACCUCCACAUCCAGCUCCACCAACAAGGCACUAACUUCUCAUAUGAAGAAACACCUGACUCUAGUUUCAGGAAGAGAAUCGUACAAAGAUUGUUUCCCGGGAAAAUCAUUUCCUGGAAAAUCAGUUCAAGAAGAACCUCUGCUAGCAGGCAGUCAAACAUGGAAUCGUGGAUACAGGUAACUAGUGAUGAUAAGAAAGUACGAGCAAUCAUAUGAAAAGACGGUCAUGGACCUGCGUUUCAAGUAUCACUAUCCUCGGAAUAUCAUUUUCUGGAUAGUUAGUUCCAGAAG